AUGGCAAAGCAUGAGUGUAGAAAUACGGGCGUCACAAUACAUUCUGCAGAAAAGAGAGAUUUCCAAGCGUGCGCCGAGCUAUUUAAACAAGUCUACUUGGCAGAAUUUAGUAGAAACUUUUUUCUGCGUGGCCUCAGGAAACCUAGAUGCCAGGCUAUGUUUUUUGCGGUUAUGAUCCUGGUCUAUGCUACAAGUUUCUCUGUAACACUAACAUUAAUUUCUUUAUGCAUCAGUUUGUAUCUGUUUUCGGUUUAUCUUCACCGUAGAGUAUCAAGAUUUGUUAAUAAGCAACGAGAUGUUAUGAAUAUUGAAAAGUAUUAUGCCAGUGAUCGCUCUAAUUACUGGGUUGCUAAAAGUGUUGAUGGAGUAAUUGUUGGAACUGUAGCUAUACUUGAAACAAAAAAUAAAGAUGUGGCUAUGUUGAAGCGACUGGUAAUAAAAAAAGAGUUUCAGUCACAGGGCUUGGGAAUUAGACUUGUGGAACAUGCUCUUAAUUUUUGUCAAGAAGCCCGAUAUAAAGAAGUAAAACUUAUAUGUUCUGAAUGUCUUCCACGAGCACUGAAACUUUAUAGGAAACUUGGAUUCUCGGCCGUACCACGCGAGAAAUGGUUGACGGCCAUUUCGUAUGAUUGUAUACUGGAAUUAAACCAAGUAAAUUAG